AUGGCUGAUUCCACCCAGGCCAACUACAAGAAGAACAAGGAAGUAGCAGAAUCCGAUUCUAUAGAAUCAUCUUUUGAGACCGUUGAGAAAGGACAUCUAAACGGAACCCAACAAGGGAACGAAACUAGGGCAUAUUCAGGCUACCUCUUCGAGCGAGUCAUGCAGGCAGAACAAGAAGAUAGAAUGGUCCGAAAAGAAGAUGAGAUGCCACCAAAUGCCAAAACACCCUUAGUAAUACAAGGGUAUUCCACAAGGCAAACGAGUGGUCAUGCCCAUUCAUCGUCUCCGGAAAUGGUAAUCAGAGAUUCACUCAGAUCAUCCCUUCAGGUAGAUCAACCAAUAGGAUUCGAUAUCACCUUGGUGGCGCUACAUAUGCCCAAGGUGAUCAGCCCUCCCAAGGACAUUGCCAAUCAGCAUCUCGCUCCGUUCGGAACUCCAUCCAAAUACUAG